UCCACUGAAAUACUACGCGCAGUCGUAGGCCGCUUGUUUUGAUGAUUCGAUCUACACGAUUCUAGUUUCUGGUAGAGCAUUGUGUGUCACACAUCCUGUGUCGCUGAUAAACAACCGCGCAGUUGUUUCAGUGUGGAUUAAACGUUCGAAGAGGCAUAUUUCUGUUAUGUAUCGAAUGUGUAGUGUGUAGUGAAUUUCGCAACUGCUUGGAUUAAACUACUAGAUCAAGAACUUGGAUAUUUUAAUUUAAAAAUGAAAUGGCUUACCAGGAUAACGAAACUAGCCUAAAGUUUAGCCGGUGAAAAGACCGGAAACAGGAACCAAUAAAGACACGCUGGGGCGGGCCAUGGGGGACCUCACUGUACAACCCUGACAUCCCACCUCCUGCUCGCAGAAUGGAAUGCGGUGUUUCUGUUUGAACUUCUGGCUUUUGAUCCUUGCUGCAAUACUCGACAAAUAGCCUACCCCGCGUGCUAGCUUAUACCAGUAAACACCCCGGUCACCCCGGCAGUUGAGAGUGACCAGCAACCCCGGCAGGUGAGAGUGACCUUCACCCCGGCAGGUGAGAGACCAGAGAGUGACCUUCACCCCGGCAGGUGACCAGUCCGCAUGGAACGUGGUCGAGUUGUGUACUAUGCCAAGAACAGAACGGCGAAGGUCCUCUCCCCCCUCUCAGCCAAGCACCACCUGUGUACCAGCCCGCUAGACGACGUGCAGGCCCCUCUGGCCUGUGUAGAGUCGGACAUGAUCUUGACCAGGCCUGCUCAGUCUGGCACCAGUGCCUCAGGUACCAGAGCUGGAACGGUCAUCGAGUCCCCACCCAGACCUUCUUUGCCUUUUUUCGACUUGAAGACCUCCAGCCCCCGUGAGCACGAAAAACCUUUUCUAACUCUAGGCAAAGAAGAGCAAAAUGGCGUCCGCCAACUUGCCGGCGGCAGUGUUUCACCCUCUGACUGUCGCAUUUUCCCCGGCCCCGUCUUGAAGGCCCCGCCCACAGACGACACCAAACGUCGACCCCCGCGCACCACCCCGCCCACAUCACUUCCGGUGAAACCCCACAGGACAAAAGUCUACCCGAUCCUCGGGAACUGCCGAGAGAUGGCCAGCAGUCCGGACAGCUUGACCAUCAUCACCACCGUCAACAGGAGCAGCAACGGAUACACCCGGCAGACAGUGGUCAGCAACUCGCCGCUCCACGCCAGCGUCCAGCAGGGUCGGGUCGUCCAGAGAGAGGCUAGGGCAGGCAAACCAGACCUCACAUCGCUGCCGGCCCCCAGGCUGGAUAAUUGUGUCAGGACAUCACGUGAGCAUAGCCAGCAAAGCGUCACGGUGAGCAACUCUUCAGACAAGCCCAGUCAAGCGUGUCCAGACAAGCCCAGUCUAGCGUGUCCAGACAAGCCCAGUCAAGCGUGUCCAGACAAGCCCAGUCUAGCGUGUCCAGACAAGCCCAGUCAAGUGUGUCCAGACGAGGACGCCGACAGUGUGUUGGAGUGGACGGUGAACGAACACAACGCCAUCGUUUGCCGCAAGGUGUCGCUCAGGUCAAGCAAGAGCGGGAGCACGUCAUCGUCUCAGGGCAGCACUCGCAGUAGCUCAGACAGCACUCACGACACCCAGACCCGUGCUGACCCCGCCAGCCAGACUCGUGCUGACCCCCAGAUGACCCAAGAGCCGGGUCUGCUGUCGCCCCAGUCGAGCUGGAAGAGAAACUCCCUGCGACUGGCGACCCACGGCUUCAGCAGCAUGUCAGACCUCAGUAACUCGGUGGAGUGUCUCAAGUUGUUCCGUGUGGAGGGAGAGGAUAAGCCAACCAACCUUUCUGGCAAGUCACUGGCCACUGUGUUACAUGACGAUGUCCUGUACUCCAGCAAUGGCCAGAUUUUCACAUUUUUUGAACAGUCGGGCCUGUCCAGUCCUGAAGAUGACGUGCAGUCGUCCAGCGCCUCUAGCCGCAGCAGUGAGUAUGUGGACGCCAGGCUAAACGUGUCCGGCGACUCUGCCCAGCUCAACAGUGACCCCCCGACACCCCAGGGGGAGCAAGCCCCGCGGGUCGAUGGCAGCAAGGAGACCCUGGUCAAGCGGCGGUCCUACAUCCUGGCAACCUGCAGCAUCUCGGACCUGACCUGUGACCCUGAGGAUGACGUAGACGGCUCGCCCACCUGGAGCCAGAAGUCAGGGGUCAGGUCGUGCUCUCUGCCCCGGCGCACAAGCUUGACCAGCAACCAACUGAACUCUUCAUUCGGCAGCUUCUACUCCUGUCGCAGCUUGGAUUUCGUCAAGAGAAAGGAAAGCCCGCAGCAAGACGUCAACGACAGCAACAGCUCGGCUUACUUUAGUCUGAGUUUGAAUGGCAACUCGCGGGGCGCCGCCAGCUCAAGGGGCCAGGACUCUGAGAACACAAGCAUGUACUACACGGCUUCAGACACCAGCUUUAGUGAGGCGUCCACCAGCUCCCACACCAAAGAUCCCACCAGCUCCCCACGCAGGUUCUGGCGGAAGCCCUUGUACCUCCCCCCUGCAAGCAACGCUCCUCAAAUUUCUGAUCACGGGGUCAAAGUUUCUCACGCUAAACACCUGAUACCUGCUCAAAAGAUCAAGGCACCCAAACCACUGAAGAGACUGAACAACGUGUUCCACUGCUACGGGUGUGGGUUUGACCCCGGGCACCUGUCGGUGACAGCCCGCAGAAAAAGCUCCGAGUUCAACACCGACAGAAGACAUUCCUCCACAAACAUGCACGCCGCCCAGAAGCCGGGGCUCGAACCUAGGAGCAGGUGUUAUACGGCUCCGUCUUCAGCCGGCCAAGAUUUUAGGCAGUCCUUGCCACACUCUCGGCAACAGGGCCAAGACUUUAGGCAUCCCAUGGCCCAUUCUCGGCAACUGCGCCUGGAGUUACCGACGCGAGAGAGUAGUCUCUCCAGCUCGAUAAGUGUCUCUCCCAGCUCCGACUCCGACUCUGAUUGGCAGGACACGCCCAGAAGUCCCCCGGCUCUGGGUCGGCCCAAAAGGAAGGUGUAUGCGGGCUUCGACAGCCAGCCCCUGCCCAUGGACAGCUUCAUGAGCGACUCGUCCAGCAUCUACACGGACUGCGGCUCCUGGAGCUCCCGCAGCCGGUCUGCCGAGGUCAGCCGGAACUCGCUGGCCGUGUCCGAGAACCUCAGCACGAGAGCCGUGUCUGACACGGCUUCCGGCAUGAUCACGCCCAGACAGAUGUCUCAAGACAGUCUCAUCGACUACUUCCGGUUCAGCGACAAGAAGUCUGUGCUCCGGGAGAACAACCACAACGUCUUCGUCAGCAUGGACAAGUCAGAGGUAAAGGACACGUUCGAGAACAAACGCUUCAGCAGCGAGAGCCUGGACUCCAACUUGUCCACGGUCACCACCACCGGCCUCCUCCACCGCGGCAGUCGCAACAACAGCUGCACUGACAUGAGCAGACAGCCCAUCGGGAACAUGCUGCUCAACGAUUUAAAGCUCAACAAUAGCAGGACGGACGUCACGGCCGGCGAGAAGCGGACCAACGAGGAAGUGACGUACGAUGGCGACCGGAAGUUCCGGCUGACGGAGACGAAUGUGUACCCUACCGGCAGCGGCCAGAACUUGCAGCAGCGGCCACUCAAAGCUGAGCUCAUCUGCAGCUGACCCGCCACACCACAAGCGGCGUGGUCGGCUUCAAUCACCGGGUCAAGGUUCACGGCAUAGCGGAAGUGUUUCUCGUCAAAAGACAUCUUGGAACUAAUGAUGACGUCAGAGGGCCGAGGUCACGGGCGUACCAGAUCUAUGGCGCCCCACAUCUAUGGCGCCCAGAGAGAAGCAAGUCUGACGGGCGGUUCUUUGUUGUUAGAUUAGGCCUAACUGUGGGUGCAUUUCUACGGCUAGCUAGUCCAUGUGUUGGCCUAGCGGUAGCACAUGUGUUGACCCAGCAGUAGCACCUGUGUUGGCCCAGCAGUAGCACCUGUGUUGGCCCAGCAGUAGCACCUGUGUUGGCCCAGCAGUAGCACCUGUGUUGGCCCAGCAGUAGCACCUGUGUUGGCCCAGCAGUAGCACCUGUGUUGGCCCAGCAGUAGCACCUGUGUUGGCCCAGCAGUAGCACCUGUGUUGGCCCAGCAGUAGCACCUGUGUUGGCCCAGCAGUAGCACCUGUGUUGGCCCAGCAGUAGCACCUGUGUUGGCCCAGCAGUAGCACCUGUGUUGGCCCAACAGUAGCACCUGUGUUGGCCCAACAGUAGCACCUGUGUUGGCCCAGCCCAGCAGUAGCACCUGUUUUGGCCCAGCAGUAGCACCUGUGUUGGCCCAACAGUAAAACCUGUGUUGGCCCAGCAGUAGCACCUGUGUUGGCCCAACAGUAGCACCUGUGUUGGCUCAGCAGUAGCACCUGUGUUGGCCCAGCAGUAGCACCUGUUUUGGCCCAGCAGUAGCACCUGUGUUGGCCCAACAGUAGCACCUGUGUUGACCCACCUGUUUUGGCCCAGCAGUAGCACCUGUGUUGGCCCAGCAGUAGCACCUGUGUUGGCCCAACAGUAGCACCUGUGUUGGCCCAGCAGUAGCACCUGUGUUGGCCCAGCAUUAGCACCUGUGUUGGCCCAGCAGUAGCUCCUGUGUUGGCCCAGCAGUAGCACCUGUGUUGGCCCAGCAGUAGCACCCGUGAAUGUCUAGCACCGGAAGUUGAAUGUAUCAUUCUAUACAGGAACACGGACAGUCAACAAUCUGCAGCUUUUUCAUGGAUUAUAUCAUCAUGUGUUGGACGGCCAUCAUCGUGUGUUGGACGGCCAUCAUUGUGUGUUGGACGGCCAUCGUGUGUUGGACGGCCAUCAUCGAGUGCUGGACGGCCAUCAUCAUGUGUUGGACGGCUGACAAACUUGACUAGCUAAUUACCACUGGGACGUGACAAACAUUUGACGAGUUGCCAGACUGGACAGUAGCCAGCAAAAUAAUCUGGCACUGGGAUAGUUCUCUCUGUGUGAGUGUACGUGUGUGUGUGUGAGUGGGGGGGGGGCAGAGUGAGCUAUUGAUCGCUGGAUAAUCUAGACUAGUCUGAAUUAUGUCUUUCUACCCUAACCCCAUCAGACUCGACUGCAGAGUUUUUUUUAAUACAGCAUUUAUUUUCUAUUUGCAUGCACUCAAAGGUUUUUCUUAAUAAUACACAUAUGCGGUGAUAGCUAUCAGAUUGGUGAUGUUGCUGUGUUUGAUCGUAUAGUACAGAUGAUGAUGUGUAUCUUACGGUACAGAUGAUGGUGAGGUUACCAUCCCACGGCUUCUGGUACAUCUUAUAAAAAAAGAGCCUUAACUCCCAGCGGUCCCCACCAGUUGAUCGGGUACCCUAAUGUCAACCUGUCCCAGUGGUCCCCACCAGUUGAUUGUGUACCCUAAUGUCAACCUGUCCCCACCAGUUGAUCGUGUACCCUAAUGUCAACCUGUCCCCACCAGUUGAUCGGGUACCCUAAUGUCAACCUGUCCCCACCAGUUGAUCGGGUACCCUAAUGUCAACCUGUUCCAGUGGUCCCCACCAGUUGAUCGUGUACCCUGAGAGGUGUACACGACCUGAACGUGUGGUGUAGAGAGCCACGGGUCUCAGUAUGGUGGGGUUACUCGGGGUGUGCUGAGCGGAGUAACUCUAGAUGGCUACGUUUAAUCGAUGUAACUUCAAUUUUAAUUAAAUGGUCUUGUUAAGGGGGUUAACUCUAAAAAGCCGCAUAAAGGGAGAUAACUCUAAAAGUUCUGGUGUAUUAACCCCAUUGUUGUAGCUGUCGUCAGUUCGCCAUUCAAACCAGUUCGCCAUUCAGAUGGUAUUAUGUGGAUCUCCUUUUUCAAUCAAUGUCCGUUCUGCUGUUGAAGUUUAAUGAACGGUUUGGCCUACGCUAAGACUGAUAACUCGAGAUGACUACGACGUCAUGGUUUAUCUCCCCUGGCUCUGUGUUGUGUUAUGAACGUGCAGCGACACACGUAGACCACAAUGCAACUGACCAGCUGUUGCCGUGCACAUUGUAAACAAAGCUCUAAGCUGUUUAUGUGACCCAACUUGUUUGCUGGCUUAGAUUACAGGCGUCGGGCCUACCGUCACAAAUUGGAUUAGUCAAACAAAACGUCAUUAGGGGCAGAGCAAGGCUCAGUUUUGUGGUCAGAAAACUUGGGCUGAUGUCACUGGUCAGUUGAUGUCAGUAGACAUUUGCUGUCACUGGUCACUUGAUCUGAUGUCAGUAGACAUUUGCUGUCACUGGCCACUUGAUGUCAGUAGACAUUUGCUGUCACUGGUCACUUGAUGUCAGUAGACAUUUGCUGUCACUGGCCACUUGAUGUCAGUAGACAUUUACUGUCACUGGUCACUUGAUGUCAGUAGACAGCUGUCACUGGUCACUUGAUGUCAGUAGACAUUUGCUGUCACUGGUCACUUGAUGUCAGUAGGCAUUUGCUGUCACUGGUCACUUGAUGUCAGUAGACAGCUGUCACUGGCCACUUGAUGUCAGUAGACAUUUGCUGUCACUGGCCACUUGAUGUCAGUAGACAUUUGCUGUCACUGGUCACUUGAUGUCAGUAGACAUUUGCUGUCACUGGCCACUUGAUGUCAGUAGACAUUUGCUGUCACUGGUCACUUGAUGUCAGUAGACAUUUACUGUCACUGGUCACUUGAUGUCAGUAGACAUUUACUGUCACUGGUCACUUGAUGUCAGUAGACAGCUGUCACUGGUCACUUGAUGUCAGUAGACAUUUGCUGUCACUGGUCACUUGAUGUCAGUAGACAUUUGCUGUCACUUGAUGUCAGUAGACAGCUGUCACUGGUCACUUGAUGUCAGUAGACAUUUACUGUCACUGGUCACUUGAUGUCAGUAGACAAGGGUAGCGGGGCAGGUCGUGACGCCUCCGAUGUGAGCCAUCCUUGUCAGCCAUGUCUGCUCCUAUGCACGUGUUUCCCAAUUAGACGUGAGCUGGAACUUCUCUAGCACCAACGGCUGCACCCGUUCUUGUAUCUCGCUAGCUGGUAGCUCGCGCUCAACACGUCACCAACUCGUUUUUUACAUCAUACAGUGACGUCAUUAACGUAGAGUUUAUGACGUAACCCUCUGCAUUAUUACAACAUUCCUGCGUGUUUCAGUAGGAUUCAUUGCCUUUGACAAAAACAAUUUUUUGUUGCAGUGUGUGGAAUAAUGUCUCAAGUGUGUGACACAAGUUUGUCAGCGUGUGACACGUUUGUCAGUGUGUGACACAAGUUUGUCAGUGUGUGACACAAGUUUGUCAGUGUGUGACACAAGUUUGUCAGUGUGUGACACAAGUUUGUCAGUGUGUGACACAAGUUUGUCAGUGUGUGACUCAAGUUUGUGACAGUGUGUGACACAGGUUUGACAAAUGUUUCUGGCUUACCUUAAAUGGCAUUUUUAAAAAUGCUCACCCCAUGCACGUGCAAUAUAUGUGUAGCCUUGUACUUAGAUCUCAGCUUUUUUUUAUCAUCACAACUUUUGGCACAGUACCAUCCCAGUUCUACCAGGUCAUAGUACCAUCCCAGUUGUACCAUCCCAGGUCAUAGUACCAUCCCAGUUGUACCAUCCCAGGUCAUAGUACCAUCCCAGUUGUACCUACCAUCCAUGGUCAUAGUACCAUCCCAGUUGUACCAUCCUAGUUGUACCUACCAUCCCGAGUCAUGGUACCAUCUUAGUUAUCAGCCGACACUUUGUAACACCCCCCCCCCCGCUACAAAACGUCCCUGUUCACAAACUACCAUCAUGUUAUUAUCUGCCCCUGCUAUCUGCCCUGAUAGCGGUCCCUGCUAUCUCCUACAAACGAUUUCUUAACUGCGCAGAUAAGGGAAACUAUUCGUGCUGACGGAGGUUCGUGUGUUGCACUAGCUCCCGUAUGAUUGAAGAAGUUGUAGGGUUCUUCCACUUCUAGACUUGGAUUACUUUUGUAACAAGUCAGAACAUCGUGUAGCAAGUUUGUAGUAGAGAGAGAGCAACCCCAAUCGUUUAAACCACUCCCAUCUAUUUUGGGACCAGCUACUGCAGUAGAUUAGUUUUGCAGUAAAGAAUAAUGUCCACAUUGUACCUUUUAAACUUGUUUAUUUCUAUUUGAAGGUGUAUCAUUGUCUUAAUGAUUGAUAUGUAUCAUUGUUUUAGUGAUAUGUAUCAUUGUCUUAAUAUGUAUCAUUGUUUUAGUGAUGUGUUCAUUUACUGAGUUGAUGUUUAAUUACCGUGUUCAUGUGUGUCAUGAACAGACUUUAGUGUGAAUUAAAGAAUUGGUUUUUUAAUUAAAAUAUUUAUUAAAACUUGAA